GUUGUAAGUGGUGGAGAGAAAUUACUUUGUCGGUGGUGGUCCGGUUGGGGGAUUUUACGCGUUAUACCACCCGUUAAAGAUGCUAAAAAGUUAGAAACCGCCGGUGUUGGACACGUACAUGGCUCUCGCGAGUCGGUACUCGGCGGGAAACUAAAUGGGGACGAUGAAAACAACAUCUGCAAGGCCGCCGAAGGUGUGGCUGGUAAAGACAUAGGUCCCUCGCUGUCCUGCCAGGGAGAGCGGAGUACGUCCUUCGUCUCCUUCCUUUUUAUUUUUAUUUAUUUAUCUUAUUUUGUUUUUUUUUUUAUGCCCGGAAGCAACCCGCCAACUUGUGAAUUCAUGAUCACAUGACCGUGGAUAUGGACGCAGUCCUGUCCGACUUUGUCCGUUCCACUGGAGCUGAACCGGGAUUGGCCAGAGAUCUGCUGGAGGGCAAGAACUGGGAUUUCACCGCCGCCCUCAGUGACUUUGAGCAGCUGCGACAGGUGCAUGCUGGGAACCUGACGUAUUCGUUCGGAGAGGAUCGGAACUAUCUGCCGCCCGAAAAGGAGAUGGCCCGGGUCGGACGGCCUCUGCUCCACCGCCAAGACGAGGUGGUGCAAGCGGCUACAGAGAAGCGCCUGUCGAGGGGCAUUUCUCACGCCAGCUCCACCAUCGUGUCCCUCGCCCGCUCCCACGUCUCCAGCACCGGCGGCGGCGGUGGCGGCGGCGGCGGCGGCGGCAGCGAGCCCAUGCUGGACACGCCGCUGUGCACCUUCCAGCUGCCGGACCUCACCGUGUACCGCGACGACUUCCGGGGCUUCAUCGAGAGGGACCUGAUCGAGCAGUCGAUGAUGGUCGCCCUGGAGCACGCCGGACGCCUGAACUGGUGGACGAAAGUGGUUCCAAACUGUCAGAGUUUGCUGCCUCUGGCGACGAGCGGAGAUGGAAACUGCCUGUUACACGCCGCCUCGCUCGGUAUGUGGGGCUUUCACGACCGAGACCUGAUGCUGAGGAAGUCCUUGUAUGCGCUGAUGGACCACGGGUUGGAAAGAGAAGCUCUGAAGCGCAGGUGGAGGUGGCAGCAAACCCAGCAGAACAAGGAGUCUGGGCUGGUGUACACGGAGGAGGAGUGGCAGAAGGAGUGGAACGAGCUGUUGAAGCUGGCCUCCAGCGAGCCCCGGAUACACUACAGCACCAACGGCACCAACGGGGGGGAGUCCACAGAGGAGCCAGUUUACGAGAGUUUAGAGGAGUUUCACGUCUUUGUCUUGGCUCACGUCCUCAGAAGACCCAUCGUGGUGGUGGCUGACACGAUGCUGAGGGACUCGGGAGGAGAGGCCUUCGCUCCCAUCCCGUUCGGAGGCAUCUACCUGCCACUGGAGGUGCCAGCUGCCAAGUGCCACCGCUCCCCCCUGGUCCUGGCGUACGACCAGGCUCACUUCUCCGCCCUGGUCUCCAUGGAGCAGAAGGACAGCGCCAAAGAGCAAGCAGUUGUGAUCCCGCUGACGGACUCGGAGCACAAAAUGCUGCCGCUGCACUUCGCGGUGGAUCCUGGGAAGGACUGGGAGUGGGGAAAGGACGACACCGACAACGUGAUGCUGGCGAGCGUCGCUCUGUCUUUGGAGGCCAAGCUCCAGAUGUUGCACAGCUACAUGACGGUCACCUGGCUGCCUCUGCCCUGCGAGCAAGCGCCGCUGGCCCAGCCGGAGUCUCCCACCGCGUCCGCAGGAGAGGACGCCCGGACGCCUCCCGACUCCGGAGAGUCGGACAAGGAGUCGGUCAGCAGCAGCUCCAACGGAAACGGAGACACGACCACGGCGUCGACGGUGAACGGGAACGGCUCGCUGGCCAAGAACAGCUCCUCGUCUUCGUCCAGCUCGUCCAGCAGCGGGACGGGAACGCCGGGGAAGGACAAAACCAAGAAGGAGAAGGACAAGGACAAGGACAAGAAGAGGGCGGACUCUGUGGCCAACAAGCUCGGCAGCUUCGGCAAGAGCCUGGGCAGCAAGCUGAAGAAGAACGUGGGUGGGCUGAUGACGGGGAAGAACGCUGGAGCUGGAGGUGCCAAGCAGGAGGGCGGGGAGAAGAAGAAGGGCUCGUUCAGAGGCAGGAAGGGCAGCAAGGACGGCUCGCCGUCGGCCCACGCCUCCGAGGACUCUGGGAAAGGCUCGCCCUCCUCGGGCAGCGAGCGGCUCAACGGCACCGGGAGCAGCAUGAGCAGCAGCGGAGGCAGCAGCACCGAGAGCGACACCUACAAGUACAGCGCCGACGUGAAGGUCAGCCUGGGCAUCCUGAGAGCCACCAUGCAGGGCGAGAGGAAGUUCAUCUUCUCCGGCCUCCUCACCACCAGCAACCGGCAGCCCUUCCAGGAGGAGAUGAUCCAGCGCUACCUCGCCGACGCCGAGGAGCGAUUCCGGGCGGAGCAGGAGCAGCAGCGGCGCGAGGUGGAGAGGAAAGGCGUCGCUAAUAACAUCCAGCCGGCCAAGAAGGAGGCGACUGGCGUCACGGAGCUGAGCUACCGGCCGUAUGAGGCCAAGGAGGAGCCCCCGGAGAACUCGUCUCCUUCCUUCACCCAGCUCAAGCCGUCUCCUUUGAGCCCCUCCUUGUACUCCGGCGUUGUCCCCAUCCCACGUCCCUCCUUCAUAGACCAGCCUCCCGCCGCCCCCCCCCUGACCCAGCACCUCCACAUGCACGGAUACUUGGAUACGCGACGCCAGCUCGCCGGAGGCUCCCCGGCGACCUCGUACCCGGGCCUCCCCUCGUACGCCACCCUUCCCCGACACUGCCCCUCGACGCAAGCCCCCUCCCACCCCCAGUACAACAACUCCCAAGGCCCCUCCUCCCUGAGCCCCUCCCGCCUCGCGCCCUCGUACCCGCUGGAGUUCGACCCUCCGGACUACCCCGGGGCCGAGCCCGUGGUCGGCGGGAACUACACCAACGGCUUCCGGGACACGAGCUCCGGCCUGGACCCUCGGAGCGGGCAGCCCCCCGUCAGACACUACUCUCUGGGCAGCGCCGGGGGCCUGGCCAGCCUCCAGUCCAGCCGCUGCCGGACACCCAGCUGCACCUACUACGGACACCCCGAGACGGGCAACUACUGCUCCUACUGCUACCGGGAGGAGCUGAAGAAGAGGGAGCCGGAGGCGGCCAUCAUCCACAGGUUCUGAGUGGACACGGAGAGAGGAUUUGACGAGUGGCCUUUUUCUAGUGACAUAACGUCUGGAGCGAGAUCCGCUUUGUUUUGUUUUGUUUUGUUUUUUUUUUUUUUGAACGGACGAGGGAACGGCAGCCACCUCCCUCCAUGUUUCUUUUCCUUAGUGGUGUCAUUUCCUGUUGAAGGUGACGUCAGACGAAUCAGGGUGGUUUCUGACCGCUGGGGUCACACGUUAGAAUAAAACUAACUGCACUUCUGUUACAUUUUUGCUGUGGCUCUUAUGCAGGCGUUGUGUAUGAGUGUGUGUGUGUACGUAUGAGUGUGUGUUUGUGUGAACUACAGGCUCUCCUCCUCCUUUUUUUUUUUUCUUAAGAGUUUAAACAACGCCUCCUCCUAGUGGAGAGAAUGUAUAUGGCCGGCACCGUAACGCACGACGAGAACGCGCAUCGAUGCACAAACAGACACACUAAAAACCAGACUCACACUACUGCUACACACCCAGCGAUGCAAGCACAAGCAGAAAAGGCACGAGACUCAAUGUGUGUGUGUUCAUGUUUUCAUUGGUUGGUUGAGGAUAAUUUCAGUGUUAUACGGAUAUUAAUGUUCCGAGAUAAAAAAGUUAAUCCUGCUUUUUUUUUUUUUGUUUUGUACCGUGCAGCGCUGAUAAUCUGCUGUGGUGCUAAUGUUACAAGGAUGCAUAAUAAAUGUCGUUUUAACAACAGCUGCUCUGCAAGGAAACAAAUAUCACUUAUUUUUUUUCUAGUUUUUGUUCCAUCCAUAUGUUUGUUAAAUUGGAUUUUGAAGAUGUCAGACUUUUUUUAAGGAUUAAGAGCUACUGACCCAACAAACACAACCAAGCUACACAAGAUUAAUCCCAUAGUAUUUCAUAUGUUGGUUGGACUGUUUCUCUUUUUUCUCAGUCGGGUCUUCCUGUCUCUAUAAUAACAGUCGGCGUUUGAGGCUUUUGGUUUUUUUCGCCCCCCAACCUGCAAUAAAAAGGCUUCAGACUUUCGGAGACAUCAGUUGUGCCGGGUUCAGUUGUUCACUGGUAAACUCUCAGUUGCCUUGGAGAGCGAAUAAGUGGCGUGAGGUUGAGUCCAGAUUCUGUUUUCUGUUCAUCUGUUGUGUCCUUAAACUGAUAAUAAUAAUAAUAAUAAUAAUAAUAAUAAUAAUAAUAACUUAUCAUUAGUUGGUCAAUCGCUGCAAACUCACGCGUUCUACUGAAGGUGGUUCCUCUGCGUUCGUUCCUCUGAAUCCAGUCGCUCUUUGCACAAAUAUUCAAGCACUUUCCUGACGUCUGAAGAUGCAGAUUUACUGUUCACUCAAAAAAGGCUCGACUCUGCAGACACUGCCAGCUCUUGUUUCCGGGCGCUGCGUGUUUUUUUUUUUUUUCUGUAAGUGCAGCGUUGCGGUGCCUCCGUGGGCUCCUGACUCUUUAGCGUUUAUGUCCCCGGUUUCACGUCUGAAGACUUGACACCGAGUUUCUGCUGCGCGCUUCGUUGCCAGGUCUCCUCGUCCUGCUGCUCCACAUCCCUGAAAUUAAAUGCUAAAUUACUUCAGUCUGUCUUGAAUCUGCCCCCCUCCCACCUUUAAGAAGCCAUGAAUGUCUUGUUGUUGAUUCAAUCUUUUCUUUGGCAUCAGAAGAAAAGCACAAUUUAGUAUGCAAUUCACUGCCUUGCCCAUGUGAGGGCGCUCUCAUCUUUGUGUUUAACUCCUGUCCUCCAUAAAACUACCAACAAAAAUAACCAAAAAAAAAAAAAAGAUAAACUGUCAGCAGUGCUAAUUUAAUUUAACACUACAAUAUAUUUUUAUUGUCUCUGAAGCCGGUCAAGGAAGGAGGGAUUAAUUUAAUUUAUUUUUUAUUCUAAUUUUUGCUGUGCAUUGAUAAUAAAACACUAAACUAUAAAGUCCUGUUACUUCCCAGAACAUUUCGUGUUCACACACUCUUGGACUUUUAAUUCAGAUGUGACCCAGCUAAUGAAAUCCCUUCGUGUGUGUUGGGAGAAGGUGAAGCCUGGUUUUUUAGAUUCUCUCUAUCUACCGCCCUCCAAAGUAAUAAAUCAGCUUUUUUUUAUUUUAUUUUUAUUUUAUUUUUGCAUUGAAGCAGACAUCAAGAUUCUAUAGGCCACGAAUACUUUUUUGUAUUAAAAAAAAAAAAGAAAGAAACAAAAAAAACAUGAGAGGUUGUAUAAAUGUGUUCCAGGUUAUUUUUCUAAGCCCAAAGUUUUUUCAAAGUGUUUUUAAAAGGGUGAGACUGUAAAUAGUUGGAUACUAAAAACAGGUUUGGACGCUGAGAUCGGAGCAGGUUGAAGGCGAUUCCCCAGACGGGCCUUUUUAUUUUCUGUUUAAUUAUUUUAUUUUAUUUUACUUGAGGCUCUCAUUGCAAAGCUAAUUUCCUCAUGCUGACCUAACAAUUUGAGAAUAUAUAUUUAUAGUGAGAUUUUUAGUGAAUGUUUAGUUGAGAUGAUUUAGGAUGUUCUUUCUCACACGGCUAAUGGUCUGGCUUUUUAUUUUGAUUUUUUUGUUUUUUCGGAUUUGUACAUUUUGUUUGUAUUCUCUCUUUUCUACAGCCACCGAUUCGUGCUUCGCUAAAACGCGAUAGAAACGUUGGAGAGAAAAACUCAGAAAAAAGCUCAGAAUUAACCACGCGACUGAUGAAACUGGUGGGAUAUUGGUUAACAUGGAAUAAUUUCGAGUUGCAUGGGACUGGAACUGUUGCAUGUAAAUGGCGAAACCAUUUUACCAAAUUUGUGCAUUAUUUUAACUUCGGUUUCAGUCGUCCUUCUCUUCUGUUUUUAUUUCUUAUUGUUUUUAAUGUUUGGAGUUUUUUUUUGUUUGUUUCGAGAGAGAGAGGAGAGCCCCAAGGCUGUGUGACAGUGCAAUCUGGACAGAGAGAACAUCAGAUUUUAUGUUAGGUUAUUAUUAUUAUUAUUAUUAUAAUUAUGUUUUUUUCUUUUUGCACCGUUUGAAUAAAUUCUAAUUGUAUUUCAAGAAUA